AAACAUUUCGAAUUUGUCGCGAAUAUAAGCAAUACGUAAGUUGUAGAGGGAAUCGCAUGGUUAAACGGAUAAAAUAUAAGUGAAUUGAAUUAGACAUUCAUAAAAAUUAAAUAAUUACAAAUAAUAAUUAAAAAAUCAGAGAAAUACCUUUGAGCCACAAUGGUGUACGACAUGACGCAUAUGGUGCCAGCGCAAAGCAUCUCCUUGGGCCGCUACUAUCUGCAUGAUCUCAAUGGCAUGGCAGAGAAUCACGAUUACGUCUUGGAUAUUGAUCGACGCUUUCAGGCGCGUAUGGCUUGUGAGACAAUGCCACAGGCAUCACCACCACCACCGCCUACACCAGCACCGCGACGGCGUACAACACCAAUAGCGCACUUGGAUCCUUCCGAAUUGGUUGGUUUGACGCGUGAAGAGCGUCGUCGUCGGCGACGUGCAACACUAAAAUAUCGUACGGCCCAUGCAACACGCGAACGUAUACGUGUGGAAGCGUUCAAUGUGAGCUUUGCUGAAUUGCGAAAACUGCUACCCACUUUGCCGCCGGAUAAGAAGUUAUCAAAAAUCGAAAUACUCAAGCUGGCUAUAUGCUAUAUAGCAUACUUGAAUCAUGUGUUGGAGACGCCAUAAGCGGCA